GAUGCCUGAAUCAUCAGACGCACAGUACACGCAAAUAUGCGCGAGUUUGCAAUCGGAGGACAAAUUUAAAAGAAAGCAAGCACUUCGAGAAAUCCUUAAAGACAUCCUGAGUUCGGUCGACAGCCUCGACGAGAAACGUUUGCUAGAGCUUUGGGAAAUUUUUCAUCGGCCAGUCGUACGUGUUUUGCACGAUCCGGCGGAAGCCUGUCGGGACUCAUCGCUGGAAAUUUUGAAAGUAUUUCUGAUGCGAUUGCCAUGCUCCGACAAGAACAUCGUCUACAUCAUUCCGAUACUGAGCAAGCGCUUGGGAUCUCAAGAGUUGAUCGAGCAAUCCGAGGAGGUCAGACUAAAGUGCGUUCAACUGUUGAGAGCAGUCGUGCUGAAGUAUCAAGACAAGCUGACGUCGUACUUUGACGACCUGGUAAAAAUUCUAACUAGAACGGUGACGGACAAGUAUCCCAACGUGAAGAAGGAGAGCUGCGAUUGUAUCAGCGAAAUGGCCAAGGUGAUCGCCGCUGACUUUUAUGCGAAAUCGGAAGUUUUCGUCAAGCCGGUACUGACGAACAUAGCGCACCAGCACCACAGAAUACGGGUGACUACUGUGACAACGAUUGGAGAAAUUUUACUCGCUGGCAAUAGCAAAUCGAUGGAGAUUGCAGCUGGUCCUCUGGCUGAACGAUUGUUCGAUCAAUCGGCGACCGUUAGAACAGCUGUAGUAAACGUUGCCGGCAGAUGGAUGGUCGACUUGAAGGACCGAUACAGCUGGUGGCACAAAUUACUGCCACUCUUACUCACCGGAAUGAACGACGUUCUACCUGAAAUACGAGAAAAGGCAUCCGCUCUGUGGAUCGCUGCGGGAGAACAAUACAUCACUGAAAAUGAAUCGGACAAACGAUUCAAGGACAAGCUAGACUUCUUUGACGAUGAUCCUAAGCAUUAUCCCCCAAAUGUUGAGAGACCAAACCUCGGAUGUCGCACUCUGGUCCAGCAGAAUUUUUCAAAGCUACUUGGAGCCAUAAUAAGGGAGUUAAGUGACUGGAUGGCUGACAUCAAAGUUCGCGCUGCUCAACUAUUAUGCGUUCUUGCGUUGAAUCUUGAAGGCGAGGUAAACCAACAUAUUCAAAAGCUCAUGACUCCCAUGUACAGAGCUUGCAACGAUGAAGACGACCGAGUAGCAGAGAAUGUCGAACUUGCAGCUGAAUAUAUGGCUUACUUCGUUCCUCCAAACUCCUAUUUUGAGCUCAUUCUGCCUGCUCUACAGGAGAAUCCGACAAGAGGUCACUUUAGAGUGUUCAUCGCUUUUUUGAAAGGCAGUCAGCGCCAAUUGCUAGCUGCAGAGCUGUCAAAAGUCGGGAAAUUUUUACGGGAAAGCUCGGUCGGUCAAAGCCGCAGAGCUCGCUAUCAAAUCCAAGUGUUGAUCUACUGCCGAACGCUUUUGCAAAUUUGCCGUGAAGAUUGUUCUGACAUUUCUCAAGAUUUGUUUACUACCAUCUUUACAAUUCUGUCGAUGCCAGGCGACUUGCAUGUCGUGGUAACGGCUAAAGAAUUGCUAGAAUUGUUGGCUAAAGCUGACACUUUCGAAAACGUCAAUCAGCUCUACGAGAAGCACAUCACGGCUAUUUUAUUAUCGAUUCGUAACAACUGUGAAACAUGGACAACGUCAUCUUCCGAAUUCAGCAUUUUUCAAGCUUGCAUUACACACGCGAGAACAGCAACUUACAAGAACUUGGAUUUGAUUCAUCCGAUUUUUGAAAAAGCGACUUAUUUCGACGCCGACAAAAGACUACAAUUGAAGCAGUAUAUCUUAUUAUCGGAUUAUUUGCAACAGUGGGACGAUCCAUGUGACGAUAAGAACGCGGACGCGUUCAUUAACUUUGCAAACACAAUCCUUGAGAAAGUCAUAGUUCCGGGAUUAUCUUGGACAGCUGGUCGCUCAGCAGAAGCAAUCAGAACUGCGUCGGUUUGCUGCUUAUGCGCGCUCUUGAACAAAAUCAUCGUCAAAUGCGACAAAGAUAACGGCAAAAGGUUCGCUAUAUCUGCCGAGCAUUUCGGAUGGUUGUUCGAACAAGUGAGGCCUGUCUUGGUUAAUUUGUUGGAGGACGAUGCUUUCAAAACCAGACUUUACACUUUGCAAGCCAUUUGUUUCGUAAUGAACAUCGGCCAGGAAUUGUCGUACAUCAACGAGGAGCAUAUUCACAAAACGAGUUCGGAAAUUCUAAGUAGAUUGGAAGAUUCGAACGACCAAGUUCGGCUUGCAGCAAUCGAAGCUGUAAGAGAAAUUUGGAAAAUUUUACCAAAAGAUUAUGAUCUCUCAUUUUAUUACGUUCACAUUGAUUAUGUAUAUACCAAUAUGUUAACUCACCUUGAUGAUCCUAAAGAGAAAUUUCAAAAACUAAUAUUAGAAUGUCUGAUGGAUUUAGUGAAAAUUCAUCCUAUGUUGCUUUUGGAAAAAAUUGAGAAGUCAAGGCCCAAUUUUAUCAAUCAGAAAUCAUUAGACCAACUAUCAGCUGCUGCCCAAGAUCAUUUAAAAAAUAAGUAAUUCUGAUUAACCGAUUUAUGAGGAUUUUCAAACUCUUACUUUAUAUCUUUUAUUAUAAUUAGACGUAGGAUUUUUAAAAACGUACAACUUAUUU